AAAUGAUAACGUAGUGUUUAAAUUGACUGCGAAUAGACCGACCCAUCUUAAUUCGUCUCUGCAACCUAAGGUUUAUACUUAAUUGAUUAUCUAUUAACUACAAAUCUAUAAUCUAUAACACUUAUACAGCGAUAUUUAACUUACCGAUAUCAAAAAAUCGAUACAUCGAUCCAAAUCCCAAGUGAGGGUUAUUUUGAAGAAACAAUGAUAGCGGUGCUUCGUACCUACACUCUCAUUCGUUGCUGAAACCAACUUUCUCAGUUGUACGUGAUUAACACUCUUAUCUCCAUCGUCAUCAUGUCUUACCAGUCAGCGGUCAAAGCGGUGAAGUCUGUAAUCGAUGGCAAGUCAGGCAAAGCAGAGCCUGUUGUCCAAUCGAUAGUACCGAAGAGUUUUCAUUGGAACAAAAGAACUGAAGCGAGUUUGUUGUUCAACAUGAUUGGGUUGAAACCUUGUGGAAUGAAUAAACAUUUGAAUGUACUUCUGAUUAGAGAAAGAAUGGUUGAAGAACUAAAUUGUUAUGUAUCAACUCUUUACAUAUGGCAAUAUUUAAAUAUCAAAUGGGAUAUUGAAGUUGCUGACAAAUUUGAAGAUAUAUGUUCUGCAGCUACUAGGAUAGUUAAUUUUAAUUUACCAGCAGCAUAUGGACCCUUAAUACUUAAUGAAAUUCAUGAGAUGAAUAGAAAAAGGCUAUAUAAAGAUAGAUUUGAUGAAAUUAAUAGGGGGAAAGAAUUAGUUAGUAUUAAAAGAAGGAAGUCUAAUUCUAUGUCCUCAGUUGAAAUAAGUGAAGUUGGAUCUGAUGAACCACCUGCUAGAACUCGAAGAUCAUUGCGAGCCUAUGACAAACUUUAUGAUAAAGAUCUUGAAGAUGAUUCAUCAAACAAAAAAAAAAUGUUACGUGUAAAUAAUAAAUCUUGUGAGCUUAACAAGACCAAAGAUUAUAAGCUGUGUAAUAAAAAGUCAUCAAAUCGAUCUAAGGAACUAGAGAAAAAUGAUAAAGUUUCAAAUAUAAGUAUCCGAAAAAGAAAAAGUCGUAAUGUGUCCGAGUCUAGUAUUAGCUCUGAUAAUAGCAAGCCGCAUACGAGUUAUAAAAAUAAUUUAAUGGACUUAACUAUUUCAGAUAGCUCUUCUAGGUCAAUAACUCCAGAGCUUCUGAGAGGUAAAACAUCAAAUCGAUCCAUUACACCAGAAUCAAUCAGUAGAAAAUCAAACUUACGCUCUGGUGAUAAAGACUUAAAGUCUAAACUUGCCCUAGAAAAAGCUUGUAUAAAAUUUGAUCAUCAUGUUGAAAUUAUUUUACCAGAAAUUAAAAUUGAACGAUUGAAGUCUGAAAAACAAAUAGCUGCUUUCAUGGAAUCAAAGUCAAAACAACCAGUACAGAAUAAAAGUGAAGCAAAUAAUAAAGUUAAAGGCAAAACACGUGGAAGAGUGACAUCUGAUUUUUUGGUUGUUCAACAAUCUCCUGAUGUACCUUUAGGUAGGCGGUCUUGUAGCAACAAAAGUUCAUAAUAAUGUACUACUACAAAGAAUUAAGAAAUCAUAUUAAGCUCAUAAAUUAAAAUUUAUUUACAAAAUUUAAUAUAUAUGUAACUAUACAUUUGGUCAUUUUAUUUUAACACAGUUGCCCUUUUUUUAUUUAUAGCAUUACACUCAGUUAUUUAAUGAUGUAAAUUGUUUGUUAAUAAUUCUCAGUAUCUUUUACAAAUUAUAUUUGUCAAUUCUUUUAAAA